AACACGUGAGAUUUUCUAACCUAAGUUUCUUCGUGGCCAAACAAACGUUAAUAAAAGUUAAAUAAAUUGUAGUGAAAGUGCAAUAUAACCUUCACCCGUGCCCCAAAUGAGACAUUUAACACGUGUUAUUUAAUAUAACCACACUUUUUGUUGCAACCAUACAACAAAUAAUUCACUGGAUUGUUUAUAAAUUUUAACCAUGACCUCGUUCGACUUUUCGUGGAACAAAGCUUCCAAGCCCACAGGGACGGCUUUCGCUCGUAAAAAAACAUCCACCAAGAAGUCACCGAAACCAAAACAACAGGAAACCACAUCUCCGAAGCCAAAUGCAGCCCCAAAAGGUGUCACACGUACACGUCAAACUACCCAAAAGCCACAGUCUUCAAUUUCGGACAGUUCAGGCCAGUUGGUGAAACGCAAGCACAAGAAGGAUAAAUUGGCAGCGAAGGCUUUGAAAGAGAGUGAGUCUGGGGAGAGUGUGAGCUUACCUAAAGCUGUGGAUAAUAAGGCUUCGGAGACUACACAUUCGCUAUUUUCUGUGAGAAAGAAGGAUGUGUAUGUGAAUACGAAAAUUUCGGGGAAGUCUGUGGUGGAGAAAGUGUUCAGUGCCGAAAAGAAGUUCAGUGAUUUGGAGAUUCAUAGACACGUGGUGGCCAAUUUGGUAAAAAAUGGUUUUACUAGUUUAACGAAAGUGCAGGAAAAGUCGAUUCCGGAGGUGGUGGCGGGGAAAAAUGUGCUCAUACGUUCUCAGACCGGUUCCGGCAAAACCCUCGCCUACGCCGUCCCCAUAAUCGACGCCCUCCAAAGUAUCAUCCCCCGCCUUCAGCGCCAAGACGGCGUGCAAGCCAUCGUGGUUGUACCAACGCGAGAACUGGCCCUCCAGACGCACGAGCUUUUCGGAAAAAUCAACACUUUCCAGUGGCUAGUUGUGGGACACCUGUGUGGGGGUGAAAAUCGCAAAACCGAGAAAGACAGGCUACGAAAAGGCGUCCACGUUCUUAUCGGAACACCCGGUAGAUUACUAGACCACAUCCUACACACAUCAGCCCUCAAAACCGACCAAGUCAGAUGUCUAGUUCUAGACGAAGCCGACCGUCUCCUAGACAUGGGUUUCAAAAAAGAUAUAGUCAAAAUCGUGGAGGAGUUAGACAGCGCGAAAACGAACUCGGAGUACAACCCUCUGGCGAUGCUAAGAGGCGACAGGAAACUUCCAGAGCGUCAGGAAGCUUCUGGGGCUCCUUUGCGAGACGUUUCUAGCAGAAAUCGCCAGACGGUUUUAUUGUCGGCUACUUUGAACAAAGGGAUCGCCGAAUUGGCCGACUUCACCAUGAAGGAGCACGUGUAUGUUGACAGUUUGGACGACUCCCCUAACGUUAAUCCAGAACACUUGGUGAUUCCCAACACCGUCACGCAAGAGUUCAUAGUGACUUACGCCAAGCACAGACUGUUUACGUUGUCGGCGGUUUUAUUGGCUAAAGCUAAACAUAAGGUGUUUGUGUUCAUGGCGACGAGUCAAAUGGUCGAUUACCAUUACGAGUUGUUCACGAGGUGUUUGGCACGUAUGCCGAAGAAUAGGGGGAAGUUGAAGAUCGGGGAUGUGGCGAUUUUGGAAGAUGUGGAGUUUGAGGAUAGUGAUGAUGAAGAAGAAGUGGUGUUGGAGACGGAGUUUUUUAAGUUGCACGGGUCGAUGGAGCAGAGUAUGCGGAAGGAGGUGUUUAUGCGGUUCAGGGGGGCGAAGAGGGGGGUGCUUCUGUGUACGGACGUUGCUGCCCGCGGAGUCGACGUUCCAGAAGCCGACUGCAUAAUCCAGUACACUGGACCCCAAACAGACGAAGAUUACCUUCACAGAGUCGGCAGGACUGGAAGAGCGGGCAAAUCGGGGUCGGCUUUGAUCUUCCUCACUCACGAAGAGCAAGAAUACAUCGAAAAGUUGCAAAAUCACAAAGUGUUUUUAAAAGAACACGAUCCUGCUGACUUCCUACGUCAUCUUUGCGUUGUAAUGGAGGAACCGGAAGAGGAGAAGGCCGCCACCGCGCUACAGCGGCACUAUGAAACCGCCCUCUCCAAAAAUAAGGACCUCCACCGUUUGGCUUGUUUCGCGUACUCGUCGUGGUCGAGGUUCUACAACACCUACCCAGGGAAAAUGCGGGACAUUUUCAGCUUCAAGAACCUCAAUCUGGGGCACUACGUGACGAGUUUCGGGCUCAAGGAGACCCCGAGCGGCGUCGCUAAAGUGGUGAGGGGGCAGAUGGAGUCGGUCCGACCGCGGAGACUCAACAAGAAGUUGGCCCUCCACGAAGAGCAAAAGGAGGCAAAACCCGUGAAGAGGAAAAUUAAUUCGGUGAGUUUGACCACGUCGGAGUACGCCAGCGGCCUGCAGCCCUCCAAGAAGAAGAAAAAGAAGACCGUAAAAAAAUAAAGAUAUAUAUUUUUAA